GCAUAUGCAGAAGAAAGCUGAACAAUUUCCGGUUAAAAUGGCGGACGAUAAGGAUUCUCUGCCAAAAUUGAAAGAUCUUGCUUUUUUGAAGGAUCAGUUGGAAAGUUUGAAACGAAAAGUUGAAAAUGAAGUACAGGCUGGAGUGGGGCAGGAUGGCUCUUGGCUGGCCUCUCCAUUUGUCAAAGGAUUUCUUGCUGGAUUUGUUGUAGCCAAACUAAGAUCUUCUGCAAUCAUAGGCUUUUUGGUGGGGAGUUGUACUGGAGUGUUUGCUGCUCAGACCUAUGCAAUUCCUGAUGUUGAAAAGACAGUCAAAGACUAUUUCAAUUCAUCCAGGAAAAGAUCAACCUAGAAAUGCAACAAUAUUCAUGCAACAGUAUACUCCAGGGGGAAAAUAAUCUUUCAGCUUCUCAUCUCUUUCAGUUCUACAUAGAUCAAAACAUUUAGCUCCACUUUAUUAACUGGAAAAGUGUUUUAUAAUGAACAAAUAAUAACAUUUCAGCAGGUCUGCUUUUUAAGGUUCCUAGUUCUAGAAUGAAACUGAUGCCGCUUGCUUCAACUGUGCUGGGGUUUAGAUCAGAUGAGAGCUUGGGUUUGGAUAGCAAAGCAGUCUCUCUCUAAUGGAGCGAAAAGCAACUGAUUCAGCAUGCCAGCUAUUAAUGUGCCCAUGCCAGGAAACACAGUGUGAGAUACCAACUUUCUUCUAAUCAUGUAUAUAUAUAUAUUAUACUGACAUAUGCAUUUCAUUUCUUUGUUGAUUUGAGUGCUUAUUUGUGCAAGCAUCUACUUGCCACAAAGAUAGUGUAGAUUUCUUCUUUAAAAAACAAAAGAUGCGCCUUCCCUUUUUUCUAUACAUCCUGAAAAUUAUCACUGAAUAUCA